AAAUCUGCAACAUAAAGCAAACAAACUGGAGAAAACGGACAUUUAUAUUUUCCUUUACGACCUACUAAAGCUCCACUGCUCUUCCAGAGCUAAGUUGUAACUAUAAAACAGCUUUUUUUGUUGUUGUUGUUGUUGCUGAAAACAAAUAAGCACAGGAGAAACACUAAAGAUCAUGUCUCUACUUUUGAAUUCGACGCUAUAGGAAGCCAAGAGAUUAAAUUAUAUGCGAAAAAAUCAGCUGAUUCCCAUCACUGGGUGCAGACUUAAGAGGAUUAGGGAAGAGAAGAAAAGUGUGUGUUAAUCGUAUGAGCGCAGGAGCAGCGACUGUCCCACCAUGCCUCGGUCUUUCCUAGUGAAGAAAGUCAAACUGGACGACUUCUCCGCUGCUGAACUGGAGACCUCCUACAGCCGGAGAGAGGAGCUCAGGCUGCGGUUCCACAAUCAUGACAAAGGUUACGUCAGUGAUUAUCUAAGUCCGAAUCCCUAUGAAGACGUGGUGGGAAGUGAUUCCUCAGUCAUCUCUAAAGUGCCCUCUCCCAGCCACUCGUCAAUCAUCUACGGCCACAUUAACAACACCUAUUCAGGUAUCCACAGCGACAUCCAUGGGGACUCGGACCAGCCGGACAGUCCGAGGUCUGAGGUCUCGUCCUCAGCCGGCGGGUACAUUAACGGAGAUGCCGCCGUGAGCGAAGGAUACUCAGUAGACGCCUUUUUCAUCAUGGAUGGACGGUCACGAAGAAAAGCAGCGGCAAACCCACGAGGGGCCACCCAGAGGCACACAUGCAGCGAGUGCGGCAAAACCUACGCCACGUCCUCCAACCUGAGCCGACACAAGCAGACGCACAGAAGCAUCGACAGCAAGAUGGCCAAGAAGUGCCCGACGUGUGGGAAAGUGUACGUCUCCAUGCCCGCCAUGGCCAUGCACCUGCUCACCCACGACCUCAAGCACAAGUGCGACGUGUGCGGGAAAGCGUUCAGCCGACCGUGGCUGCUGCAGGGUCACAUGCGCUCGCACACCGGAGAGAAGCCCUUCGGCUGCGCGCACUGUGGGAAAGCCUUUGCCGACCGGUCGAACCUGCGUGCCCACAUGCAGACUCACUCAGCCUUCAAGCAUUACAAGUGCAAGCGGUGCAACAAGACGUUUGCGCUCAAGAGUUACCUGAACAAGCACUACGAGUCUGCGUGCUUUAAGGGGGCUUUUUCCCCAAUGAGCUCACUGAGUGAAUAAGACUCUCUGAAAGCACAUCUAGGGUUUAUUUACUUCAUUUACAUCCGAUUUCUUCUCCUUUACUCCAAAAGAUUAACCAACAAAGGAGGAGUUGUUUUUUUUUUCUCGUUUCGCAAACCUCUCAGUUAUUUUUAUUUGAAGGUUUAUUACAAAGUUUGAGAGAACCUGAUAGGGUUUAUCCCCCAGUGAGGUAAACUAAAGCACAGCACAUCUAGUGCAUCAUACUUUGAGAUCUAUUUGUGUCCUUAUCAAUCCACGUCAGAUGUUUUUCUACCAACAAGGAAACGACACAAAAGCACAAUUGCUCCUCCACGUCUCUGUCUUUUCUCAGAGUUUAUGUGAUCAAGCACAGAAUCCACCGUCUGAGCAAAUUAUUUUCAGCUUUUUCAGACACAAACAUUCAUAAUCUAAGGAUAAUUCUCGUGUCUUCUCUUCAGUGAAACUGAAGCUUACAAGAAAACGCAAAGGAAUCAGAAGAAUAACCAGUGUUCUGCUUUUUACGGUGGAAAAUACGAACAAAAAUGAAACUCAUACAUUACGUAGAUUAAUUACACAUGGAGUGAUAUAUGUGAAGCAUUUUGAUGAUCAUAACAUGAAGCGAAAGAAAACCCAAACUUCACUUUCUCAUAUAAUUAACUAAAAGUGAUUUUUAAUGGGGAAAUGUAAGUUCUGUCCUUAAAAAUCCUGGCAGACUUUAUAAUUACACUUCAGACAAUCAUUGGCAUCUUCCAUAUGGAGAAAAAGCCAGAAAAAGUUACUGCACAAGAAGCCGAUUGUUCACAGAAUAUUGCAAGCAUCCAAAACUGAGUGGAAGGAAAACAUUUAGCAGAAAAUUGCGCACAAUGAUUUAAUUUGAGACGAAUCGGGCUCAUCAUAAUGAGCAGUAAUGAGAAUUUGAAAUUCACUAUAUUCAGAAAAAACAUUUGUAUUCAGGUGUUCCGGUAGCUUCCAUGGCCAGAGGUGUAUGGAAUCAAAAUGUACAAACAAAUUAGUGUAUACUGUUCUCUGUGUAAUACAUCUACACAUUAUAUGAGUUUCACUUUUUAAAGUGAAUUGCUAGGAACAACUUUAAGUCCAUUAAUUGAGCCACAGCAUCUAUAAUGUUCUCUUACACCUCAACAUGAUUUCAUCCAUGGUGAAUCGUUGAACCACAAUGACUUGUGAAAACAAGUAAGACCCACUUUUCCUAAAAAUGCAUUGAAAAAUAUAGAAGUGACAGAAAAAAACGUGAAGUUCUUUUUAAUGUUCAACACCAAUUGGCUUCUGAAUAAUAGUAUAAUGAUCCACUAGUUAAAUAUUAGCACAAAACACAAACAGAGCCAUCAGGCUGCUCCAAAAUGAUCUAAUAUUUAUGUUUUUUCAUUAUUUAUUUGUCUUUGUUAAAAAGGAAUGUGGGCGUUAAAAAUGCCUGUCAUUCCUUUAAUAAGGUUAAACCUUUUCCAGUGUUAUAAAAUAAUUUUUUUUUCAUGUUUAUUUAUUUAUUUAAUUAUUUAUUUAUUUAUCUUGUAUUAUUUUGCACUUUAUUGCAGUAUUUUGCCUUUGUUACAAAUAUGCCAAAGCAUUUGACACUUUGUAAACUUUGAGUAUCUUUUUUAUGUUUGCCACUUUAAGUAUCCAAAACCUUUGCAUGCAAAAAAACAAAAAACAAAAACAAAAAAAAAGCUGUCUAAAUAACAGAAACUAUGCCAAUUUUAUGAGUAUUUUUUUUAAAUAUAUUUUUUGCCAAACUGCUUAGAUAAGAGGCAAACGAAGCAGCUUUUCUGACACGGGCAAUAUUCCGUUCACAUCCGACUGAGCAAUAAUGCAUGAUAUGUUCAAAGAAGCGCUGGUCAUAACUGCUUGUAAUUUUUUUUAAAACCUUCAACUACUUUUAUUCUACAUAGUUGCAAGAAAUUAAAUUUCAGGGAGUUAGCGAACAAAGCGUUGAAUAAUAGAUGGGUUGGGAUAAGAGCUCUAAAUUUACAGGAACUGUGCUUCUGUUGUGACUCCAGGGAAAUUUUCCUGGACUUUUUCCUAAUUGGGGAUUCUUUAAAUAUUUACAAUAAGACCUCAGCAACGAAAAGUAUUUACUCUCCAUUACGAAGCCUGCUUGUCAAAAUUAGAUGAUGGGAUCACUAGCUUUUUGAUUACAUUAGUGUUCCUACAAGCUGCUAGAUGCUGCUGGGAUUCACAGAAAUGAUUCAGCUCCUGUAUUUGGAGAGCUCUGGGUUGGGUUGAGUUGAGCCGGGUCUUUUUUUACUUGGGUUUUUGCACUGCCUGCCUUGUAUUAAUAUUCUAAAAUAUUGUAGAAAGUAGAAGGUAGAUCUCUGGUGCUGAAACAUGGAUGAACUUGAACUUCUGUCACACUGUAUCUGGUUACAACCACAGCUUUUUGGUGUUUUAUUGGGAUUUUAUGCAAAGUUAUGAAGUGGAAGGAACUCAAUACAUGGCUUGUAGAAAAACUUUA